UACAAAAUAAAAAAAAUACGCCAUUUUGUCGUGUUGUCUGUCAUAAAAUAUUAUACUUACAUAUUUUAUUUGGCAUCGUUUUAGUAAAUACAUUAUUUAAAACCAAAAUAUUCUUUCAAUUUGUAAAUAAGUAAUUGCAAGUGUUUAAUUAUUGAAUAUUCUAAACAAUCUUAAAUCUUCGUAUCUUGCUAUGUAUAUAGGUACGUGUAUUUAUAGACAAUAUUGUAUUCGCGGGUAAAUUUGAUUUAUACUUCAUAAUUUAAAAAUGUUAGGAAAAAGAAUGCAUCACAAUAGUAAAGGGAGAAUGGCUAGUAAGAGUCAUGAUAACGGGAAACCGUCAAGUCCAGGUAUAAGCCCUUAUAGUAAACCAGCAAAAAUACCUGGUUCAGUUUCCGUGGGAAAAACUAAAGUAGAUGUGUGUCCUAUCCCUUACAUCAAAAUACAAGAUAAUCCUAUAACUUUACCACGGUUUACAUCUAUUGCUGCAAGAUCUGCAGAUGAAACAAUUGGUAUGGAUGAACUUGAUGCCCUACAGUUAGAAUUGGAAUCUCUUUUGUGCAACACAGCCCUCCGAAUAAGAUACUUUCAGUCAGAGAUAGAAAGUAUUGACACAAAUGAAUCAAAACGAGAAAAAAAGGGGAAAGCAGCUGGUAAACAGUUACAAUAUCCUGUAAAAAGGAAAUUUUUGGAGGAUAAGUUAGUGAAAACCAAAGACUAUACUAAAUUGUCCAACCAGCCUAAAGUGCCUAAGUUUAAAAACUUUUCCAAUGCAUCCAGUGCAUCUCAUAAUUAUUCCAACGACCAUGGAAUGAAUUCUGAUAAUUCAGUGAAACUGGAGUUAUCACAGUUUGCUUUACCAAAGAAUAAUAUACCGUAUAAAUUUUGGAGUUCUGUAGAACCCUACUGUGCUCCUAUUACAUUGGAUGAUAUAAAAUUUUUGGAAUCACUAUUGGCACAAAGCAGUAAUACAACCUUACCACCUAUACCACCACUUGGUAAACAUUAUUCUGAGGUAUGGGCUGAUGAGCAUUUAACAGAAGAUCAAAAUGCUUCUAACACUAACAAGCAGAAAAGUGGUAUGUCACCUGAUGCUUCAAAUAUGCGUAAAAAAUUAGACAAAACAAAUGACAAUAUGAUUACAGGCCCAUUGACACAAAGAUUAGUGUCUGCCUUAAUAGAAGAAAAUGUAUUAUCUUAUGAAGUACCAGAUAUAAAAAUUAAACAGAAUGCUACCACUAAAAAUAGUUAUAAAAAUUCAUUGACUCUAGAAAAAUGUUUAAGAAAGGAAUUGGUUGAACAAGGUAUUUUAGAUCCAGAAGAUUUGCCACCGUUGACUAAUCCAGCUGACGAUGAAAUAUUAGCAGAAAUCAAGAAAUGCCAGACUGAACUCACUGCUGUGAGAAAAGACAACUGUCGUAAUCUCAAAAAUCUUAUUGGACUAUGUAAACAAGAGAUGAUUAGACUGAAUUUGAAGAAACAAUUGGAUCAGGUAGAUAUGGAAUGUAUUGAUAUUUAUAAAAAGAUGGUGGCUGCAAAGCAGAAGAAACGUCCCAUCACUAAAAAGGAAAAGGAAGAUGCAUGGAAAGUAAUCAAUGAACAAAUCAGACUAAACAAAGAAAUUAAUUCAUUACCUUUAACUGGGCCAAAUUCUAGUUAAUUUUUGUCACUUAUAUUAUUUGUGAAAAUACCAUUACCUAAAUAUUUUGCUAGUAAGUAUAAUUAAUAAUAUUAUUCUGGGUAAAGAUAUAAAAAAAAAUGUUUGGUCAACAAGAUUGUAGAUAAUAAGUACUAUUGCUUUUAGCAAUUUUCUGUUACAAAUGAAAUAAUUCCUUAGAUUUAAGUUAUUUUAAUUUACAAAGCCAUUAAAACAAUCAAGCUAGA